AUGGCGAAGACACCUAAAUUAAAAUCCAAUUCCAAAUCAAAGUCGAACCAUUCUAGAGCAGCAAGACGAGAAGUCUCGCCGUCUGUAAAUGUCGACAAGUCCUUGACCUCGCUUCCGAGGGCAGAGCGAACUAGCACGUCGGUCCCAGCUGUUCUCGGGGCACAGCACAACUCCGGAAUAUCGAAGAAAGGCAAGAAACAGAAAUCAAGGGCCCAACGGCUACGUCACGAGAAAGGCUUAGAACGCGCGGAAGUGGUUCUCGACAAGAGAGAGAAAAAGAUUACUAGGAGUGUCCGAAAAAUAACUGGAGUAAAGGCUCGAAAGGCAACCUGGGAUGAACUAAACAAAAAGAUAACCCGUGCGCCGGAAAAGGAUAACGCAGGAAUUAAAGAUGUUGAUACCUUGGACACAAACGAAAUGGAGACUGAGAUAACUCGUCCCACACCCCAGUCCGCAAACAGCGCUGUGCAGGUUCCGACAAUACAAGACGAACAGGUCGGAGUCGAGCUCGACGAAGAUAUCACUUAA